AUGUCUGGCAUUUUGAACACGAUCCAAACCCUCGCCGGCACCGUGCAGGAAAAGGCCCAGAAUGUCCUCGACAGCCUCUUCCCGCCCGAGAAGCGGGCUGAGAUGUUCUCGAGGCUGCAAGCAUUUGCCGUCAACAAUCCCAAGCUCUCGGCCUUCCUCCUCACCAAUUUCGCCUUGACCGGCCUGCCGCUCGUCAUGUUCGCCGUCUUCACUCUGACCGUUUUCGUCUUCUCCCUGGUCGCCGCUCUUCUUGUCGCCGUCCUCGUCGCUCUUCUUGCUACCGCUUUCAUGGUCGGCAUCGCUCUCCUCGUGGUCCUGCCCACCAUCUUCCUGACUACCAUGGGCGCUUCAUUCCUGUUCUUGUGGGGCCUUGGCGGCUACUACAUCAUGAAGUGGUUCAACCAGGGAGGAGACGGGCCGGCUGCAAAGGGCACUGCCAUCGGCGACAAGCUGAACAACCUGACUGGUGGCAGGCUUGACUUCCUGAUGAACGAUACUCGGAGCCAGGCUUACAAGAACGGGGCUGAGAAGAAAGACGAGAAGAGCGAGGGUGAGAAGAGCCCGAACAGCUCGGGCGAGGAGAAGCGCAAGCCCAGGAAGAUCAACCAGGCUGCCGAUGUCGGAAACGCGAAAGAGAACGUUGGAAACGCCAAGGACCAGGUCGAAAAGACUGCCAACACCGACGGUGUCAAGAAGAGAUUGGGAAACUCUACCGGUACCGCCACCAGUGCUGCUGGUGCUGCCAAUGGUGCUGUUGGAGGCGCUACCGGCCUGACCUGA